GUUCCCGCCAUGUUCAACUACCAUUCCUGAAUUUCGACCUUGACUUUUUGGUCAUCUGAGAUUGCGCAUCUGCUCGGGUAUUCGAACAGGUACCGUACUAUUGUUACAAACUCGUCGUCACAAUGCCCCCGAUGCACAACAAAUGGAAACUGGUCCGAUUCGAUACAGCAUCCGUUUCCCCAACCACGCCAUCUCCAACGCCCAUGCCUGGCCCGCCAUACGAUUCGUCUCCUUUGGUUAUUCUUGCCGCCGUAUUGGGCAGCUUAGCUUUUGGCAUCGGUGUUUUGUGGUUGGCGAGAUGCGCCUUCGCCGAUCCGCUGCUUCGGCAGGCAAGAAGAACCGACCCGAAUUCAUGGUACAUUUUGCGUCUUUCUCCAGCACCCCCCGGUUUAACGAAGCGGUGCAGGGCGUCAACGGUUCGAAUUCCCAAUAUCAAACGCAUUAGUGUCCUCCGUUCCACCAACAAUGCUAGCACAUGGACACGUCAUCUUAGACCGACAUAUCCCUCGCGGGCCUUGCUGCCGGGGGGGAGUUGGUAUGGACGGCCGAGAGAAAUAGCGUUCGAAACACACCGCGCAAUCAGGUGAGGGGGCGUUAGGAUGAGCAGUUGCUUCGGUUACAGUUUGGUGUGCACAUGGAUUGAAC